GUAGGGACUCUUGCAGUACCGAACGAGUCUAGUUUUUACAGGCCUCAUCAGGGCCCCUAUAAGUACCAGGUAAACCGGGUACCCCAUGCACAGAAUUACAGAAGCUUCCCAGUACAAGGUUCGAUUCUCUCGACUCAUCGCCAUGAUUAAAUUCCUGGUAUUCAUCGCGCUUUUGGGCUUAGCCUGGUCCGCACCUGCACCUGGACCGAAUCCAGCACCUGCACCUGCACCUAAACCAGCUCCGGCUCCAAAGCCAUUGUUCAUCUCUGAGAUUAAGACUCCGGCAUCCACAGCUAAACUGACACCAAUCAUUGCACCACUUUCUGCACCUUUGAUCAGUCCAACUUCGCGAGUUGCACUGUUCCCACAGUAUGGACCGUACCUGUCGUAUCCGUAUGGAGCACCUUUGGCGCCAUUGGAAAUUGCGGCCGCUCCUGCAACUUACUCUAUCGAACAACACGGAUACAACAUCGCUUACUAAAUGCUCGAUCGGUAACCUCAGAGAAAUUAAUGGUUCCGUCGGUAACCCGAUGAACUGUCAUUGCUCUGUUUUACCAUAGUCUCGCCUACCUUCAUUGUCGGUAAAUCUCAUGUAUCAUGUAUCGAUAACAUCAUCUGCACAAAAGCGAAAAUAAAAUAAAAGCUGCCAUUCUUUUUUUUCAAAAUCUA